GUUUGGUAGGAAGAGGUUUGCUGCAACAGCCCAAAGCUGCCAUGAUCCGUAGAUGUUUUGCUUUGCAACAGAGCAGCUGUGCUUAUUAAGCAGCCCAGCUACAGGAAGUCCCAGCCCCAGAAGGGAAGCUGUGUUCACCACUUCUCAGGGAGGAAGUGCUGGGAGCGAAGCUUGCUUGAACGCGGCUGGCAACCCAAUGAGAAAGUAGCAACACAGGUGUUGUGUAGCUUGUUGUGUUGCUGGGUGUGACUACUCCAAAUUAUAAAUUUCCCCCUUGUGCAGGUUGUGAGGUCUUGCAUCAAGUGAAGCACGAAGGGAAGCUACCAAUUCUACAAGGAGAUGUCUCUGUCCUCUGUGUACCAGCACAAAUUUGCAGAGAAGCUGACAAUCCUCAAUGAGAGGGGCAAGGGGGUCCUUGUUCGCAUGUACAACAUCAAGAAGACAUGUAUGGAUUCCCGGAGCAAGCCAACGUUCUUAACCGAGAAGACCAUGGAAUCCUCUAUCAAAUACAUCAACAAGAAGUUUCCCAACUUGGACACACGGAGUGGCACGCAACAUUUAGGUCCAGUACAGAAGGAGAAAGCAGAUAUUUUCCGGGCACUCACUGCCUAUUAUCAGACCUUUGUGGAUGUAAUGGAAUUCCGGGACCAUGUCUACGAACUGCUGAACACUAUUGAUGCCAGCCUGUGCCACUUUGACAUCCAUCUGAAUUAUGACUUCACCAAGAAUUAUCUUGACCUGAUUGUCACCUAUGCAUCUGUCAUCUUACUCCUUUCCCGUAUUGAUGACCGCAGAGCCCUGAUUGGCCUGUACCACUGUGCCCACGAGAUGAUCCAUGGAACCAGUGAUGCCAGUUUCCCUCGGUUGGGUCAGAUGAUACUGGAGUAUGAGAAUCCCUUGCGCAAGUUGAUGGAGGAGUUUGGACCCCAUACCAAGGCUGUUAGCAAUGCACUUCUUUCUCUGCACUUCCUCUUUGCCCGUCGAAACCACUCAGCUGACCAGUGGCGAAGUGACCAGCUCUUCAGUCUGAUCAGCAACCCUGCAGGCAUGCUAGCUCCUGCCAAUUCAGACACGAUGGCCUGUGAAUACCUUUCCCUGGAGGUUCUUGAGCGAUGGAUUGUAAUUGGGUUCUUGCUGUGCCACAGCUGCCUGGGCUCUACCCAGAGCUGCCUGGAUUUGUGGCGGGCAGCUCUCCGUGGCUCACUCUACAUCACUCUGGUACGGGAUGAAGUGCUUUCUAUUCACAAAGUGGCGGAGGAGGCUUUCAGCAGCAUCAAAGGUUAUGGAAAACGUGUAGCUGAUAUCAAAGAAUGUAAAGAGCACACUUUAGCAAACAGUGGGCAGCUGCAUCGAGGUCGGCGCCAUUUCCUGAGGAAUGCUGUACGGGAGAUGGAGGCCAUCCUGGCCAAUGAACCAGGGCUCCUGGGGCCAAAGGCUGUUUAUGUCUUUAUGGCUCUGUCAUUCUGCCGUGAUGAGGUAACGUGGCUUUGCCGACACAGUGAACAUGUCAGCAAGGGCAAGAACGCAGAGGAAUUCACUGACAGCUACCUGGCUGAGCUGCUGUUUCUGAUGGAGAAGGUCCGUCACCUACUCCGACGGCACCAAAACGUCCUCCAGCGCUACCAUGCACAGUACUUGUCACACUUCGAUGCCCAGGUGCUCAGCAACAUCAUCCAGGACCUGACUGUGUGCCCUGAAGAGGAGUCUGUGAUUAUGUCAUCCUUUGUGAACUCACUGUCAUCCCUAACCAUCAAGCAAGUUGACGAGAAGAAGAAAUUUGAAUUCUCUGGGCUGCGGCUGGACUGGUUCAGACUGCAGGCAUACACCAGCGUCGCUAAGGCCCCCCUGCAACUGCGGGAGAAUCAUGACAUUGCCAAGGUGAUGAACCUCAUCGUAUUUCACACUAAGAUGCUGGACUCUGUGGAGGAGUUGAUAGUCGAGACAUCUGACCUCUCCGUAUUCUGUUUCUAUGUACGUCUCUUGGAAAAGCUCUUUGCAUCCACCAUGGAGGAGCCAUACAUGUUGCGCUAUGCCAUUGCUUUCCCACUUCUGUGUGCCGACUUCAGCCAUGCCACCCAUCCUUUGUGCCCUGAGGAGUACCCUCAUCUGCAGAGCUGUGCCGUGGGCCUGUGCAACAACUUCCUGGAAGAGAUGGCUCGACAGGCUUGUACUUGUAUCCUGGAUUCCUCUGCCGAACAGCGCAAUCUGAGUGAGCAGCUGUUGCCCAAGCACUGUGCUGCUACCAUCAGCAAGGCGCGGAACAAGAGCGCCCGAAAAGCUUUGUCCAAGAAGGGAGAACCAGAGAGGGACAAGCCUGGUGCAGAGAGUCACCGAAAGGACCGUAGCCUGGUCACCAAUCUGGACAAGCUACACCUGACGCUGACUGAGAUUUGCUGGAGCCUAAACCAAGUGCCCAGUCUUGUUGUCUUUGAGCACACAGUGACUCCAGUGGAGUACCUCAGUAGCCAGCUGGAGACUCGCUUUGGCAGGUCUCUGGUGCGGCUGGCAAAGCCAAACCCAGCCUCUCCCGAACUGGCACGCCCCUCUGAAGUGUUGGCAGGCAUGCAGGCCUAUGCCACUUUCCUGGUGUCCCUGAUGCAUCGUGUGGGAUUGGAUACCGGGCGCCUCCUCCGUAACGCGCUUCUCCAGCAGACCCAACCACUGGAUGCAAGUGGCGAACAGACUCUCACGACGCUCUAUACCAACUGGUACCUGGAGUCACUUCUACGCCAAGCUAGCAUGGGCUCCAUUGUCCUUUCCCCAUCAAUGCAAGCCUUUGUCAGUAUACCCAAAGAUGGGGAGCAGACCUUCAGUGCUGAAGAGUUUUCUGAUGUCUCAGAGAUGCGAGCCCUGGCAGAGCUCCUUGGUCCUUACGGGAUGAAGUUCCUAAGCGAUAACUUAAUGUGGCAUGUCACCUCACAGAUGGUGGAGCUGAAGAAAUUAGUGACUGAGAAUAUGGAUGUACUGGUUCAGAUCCGAUCUAACUUCUGCCAACCGGAGCAGAUGGCAGCGCUGCUGCCCCGCCUAACUGCUACUGAAAAUGUCCUGAAGAGGAUGACCAUAAUUGGGGAGAUUCUGUGGUUCAGAUCCAUCGCACAAGAGGGCCUUCGAGAGGUCUUCACCAAUCACUGCCCUUUUCUGAUGGGCCCCAUUGAGUGCCUGAAGGAAUUUGUCAACCCUGACAUGGACAUAAAGGUGACUUUGAGCAUCUUUGAACUAGCCACAGUUGCAGGGGUCCCUUGUGAUAUUGACCCAGCCCUGGUGUCUGCCCUUUCCAACUUGAAGAAAGACAGCUCUUCCCCAGAGGAGGACUACAAGGCUGCCUGUCUGCUGCUGGUCUUUGUAGCCGUGUCUCUGCCGCUGCUGGCCAUUGACCCUUCCUCAGUUUACACCACAGAGAUAGACGGCUACAGCAACAACAUCCACUGCCUAGCCAAAGCCAUUAUCCAAGUGUCAGGUGCCCUCUUCACCAUCUACAACAAGAACAUUGAGACCCACCUAAAAGAAUUCCUGAUGCUGGCCUCAGUUAGCCUCUUGCAGCUGGGGCAAGAAGCUGACCGGAUGAAAGCCAAGAACAGGGAGUCCAUCUCACUCCUCAUGCACUUGCUUGUGGAAGAGUCUUCCUUCUUGACCACUGACAUGCUGGAGACCUGCUUUCCUUAUGUGCUGCUGCGUAACGCUUACCGAGAGAUCUCCAGGAGUUCAGCCUUGAGCCGCCUUUCUGCACACUGAUAACUCUUUCUCUUCCCCAAUAACUCAAAAGGGGGGUCAUCAGUUGCAGCUGCCCACCAGGACAUAAAUGCAGAACUGCCUUAGGGAGAAUAGGCAGGGCAGCAGCAGGUUGUUAGACCAGGUGGCAGCAGUGUCCAAUUUCUAGAUUGUUCAGCAAAAGAGCUGAUGGGAUUGUCUUGGCCCAUGUAAUCACCAUUCACAAAGCAGAGCAGUGGGCAGCAAAGUCUUAAUUUUGUACGUCGCUUCCAUAGCAUUAGCCAGCCCCUCUUAGGCUACUUACUAGCACGGGAGAUGCCAUAGGCUCUUGCCAUUUGCAGCUUUCGGAUCCCAUCCACCCCAGGGCUUCUCCUACCCUUUGGCUUAACCCUCUAAUAGUCAACCCUUACAGAAAUGAAGGCAAAGUAUGUGUAAAGGCAUUUGUGCACAAUUCUUAUCUUCCCCUUGCUUAUGUUUUGUCCCUGAAAAAUUUAGAUUGUGUGUUUCUUCGGGAUAGGGAACCUUAUAUUAUUCUGCAAAGGGCUACAAAUGUCAAUAGCACUAUGUCAAUAAUAAACAAUAAUAACUCCAGGUAA